AUGUUAAAGCGGAAAGAAAGACACACUGAUCGUGAAUUAGCUAAUUUAUUGCAAGAUAAAGGGCUUGAUCCUAAUUUUUCAGUGAUACUGAAGGAGAAUGGAUUGGACCCAAUGAUUUUAGCCUUGUUGCAGAAAGUAGUUUGGACGCUGAUCGAGAAUAUCGCGAUAAGGGCAUACGCAUCAACUGACUGGAGAGGAUUUACAAGUCCUGAGGGAAGAAAGUAUUACUAUAACAAGGUUACUAGAAUGUCCAAAUGGAGAAUGCCUGAUGAAGUCAAGUUGGCUUAUGAAAAGGACACCAUUUCACAUGCUUUUGAUUUUGGAUCCAUUUCUAUUAUUAAAAUAUCAUCCCCGGGUGCAGAUGGUUCAUUAAUCUCGGCAUACGAUGAUAAAUCAAGCCCAACUGUUGUGUCACCAGCUGCUAACUUACCAACUAAGUGGCUUCAGAAUCAUCAAGUUUAUAUGAAUGUCAAGAAAUAUGCUGCAAUAACUGAAAUCAGAGGUGCUACUCCAUCAGAUGAGAAAAUAGUCGAGCUGGGACCAUUAGUUUAUGAGAGGAAAACGAAGGCAAAGAGUGCAUUCAAAACUCUUUUGGAAUCUGUAAAUAUUAGGUUUGAUUGUACGUGGGAUCAGGCCAUGAGAGCAGUAAUUAAUGACCGGAGAUAUGGUGCUCUAAAUUCCCUUUGUGAGUGGAAGCAAGCUUUUAAUGAGUAUCUGAGCCAAAAGAAAAAACUAGAAGCUGAAGAGAGGCGUGUUAAAUAGAAGUAAGUGAAAUUUUCUUUUGUGGGUGAUUGCAAGGAGCUGUCACCAUCGUCAAGAUGGAGUAAGGCAAUCUCCAUAUUCGAACAUGAUGAACGUUUUAAAGCUGUUGAGCGAGCUAAAGACUGUAAGGACCUUUUUGAAGAUUAUGUGGAGGAACUUGAGAAAAAGGAGAUAGAACAUCCAUAGUUCCAUUGUUGCUGACUUCUUUUGUUCAAGCCAGUAGCCAGUGGUGAAGAGUUCAGGACCGCUUGGAAACUGA